AUGAGAACGUUACAGUCAUUGUUGAAAGAUGCAGAUGCCAAGAAAUCUGAGAGUAAUAGUAGAAACUUCUUGGAAGAUGUCAAGGACAUUGUUGAUGAUGCUGAGGAUCAUUCGAAUCCUUUUUCUGAAAGGAUUAAAAGAAAAGGGAUCAAGAAGCGUGUGAAAAGACUUUCUUGCUUCUUAGUGGAUCGCCGAAAAUUUGCUUCAGAUAUUGAAGGCAUAACUAAAGAAUCUCUGAGAUAUUUGAUUGUCCUUGAUGAUGUAUGGAAAAAAGAAGACUGGGACGUAAUAAAAGCGGUGUUUCCCCAAAGAAGAGGUUCGAAGAUGAUAAUAACUUCUCGCAAUGAAGGUGUUGGUUCACAUGCAGAUCCAACAUGUUUUGCCUUUAGACCAAGAAUCCUUACUCCCGAAGAAAGCUGGAAGCUAUGUGAGAGCAUAGUAUUCCGUAAUAGACACGAAACAGAGUUUAGGGUUGAUGAAGAACUAGAAGGCAUGGGUAAGAAAAUGGUCACAUACUGUGGAGGACUCCCAUUAGCCGUUAGAGUGUUGGGAGGCUUGUUAGCUAAUAAAUAUACAGUUUCAGAGUGGCAAAGAGUAUAUGAGAAUAUUCAAACUCAGAUCUAG